ACAGGUACUUACGCUUUAGUUGCCAUGUUGAUAUUUUCUUUCUUUUUCCGUCACGCACCGCCUCACAUGUAUUUGAGUCGAGAACGACAACGAGAAACGAUCACGAAAGAAACCACGAGAACAAUGGUGGCUGCUAAAGUAUUUUAGAUGGCGGUGUUCUCUUGGGUAUGGCAGUAUCGUGUUAUUUCAAUGAAUUUCGACAAAUGUUGAAGAUUAACCAAGAAAAUCUAUUAUAAGCACAGAACAGGACCUUUGGAAAUGUCUACAAUGCAUUUUAUGGUCCAUCCUUUGCCUGGCACUGAGGAUCAAUUGAUAGACAGACUUAAAGAAGUAGCAGAGCGAUGGAAUCGGUACGGGACCGGCGCCGGCUCCUCGGCGCUGAGCUCGCUGCGCGGCGUGCGCGCCGUGGCCGCGGGCCCGGCCCACAUCGCCUGCCUGCUCGAAGACGGAACCAUUUGCCGAGCUGCAUUUUCUAUUAUACCUGACCGAUUGGACUUGAGCAAAACUGACGCUAGCAAGAGCGGCGGAAAUGGAGGCGGAGGCAGCGGGGGUGGCGGGACGAGUGGGGGAAAGCAAAGUGGCAGCGGUGGUGGUUGCGGAUCAAGACAACAGCCUCGGACCAGAGCACGUAUCAUGAGGAAUUCCAUUCGCACGGCCACAAGCUCGCAAGGGUCCACGAGCCGCGCCGCGGGCGUUAUAAUCGGCGCGUCGGGGUCGGGCCGCGUGGUGUCCGUGCCCGCGCCGUUCGUGCCCGAGGACCUAGUCACGCAGGCGCAGGUGGUCCUGCAGGGCAAGAGCCGAAACCUUAUAGUUAGAGAAUUACAGCGUACAAACCUUGACGUGAACUUGGCGGUGAACAACCUGUUGUCUCGCGACGACGAGGAGGGCGAGGAGCCGGAGAGCGGCGACGGCGGCGACGGCUACGUCCCCGAGGACCUCAUCUCGCUGCUGGACGGCGGCUUCCACGCGGCGCAGCAGGACAACUCCGUCAUCAUCGACGCCGACGCCAUGUUCUCCGAGGACAUCUUCGGGUACGCGGCCAUCAGAAGUCGCAGUGGUGGUAACAACAGCGGGCGCGGGACGGUGAACCGCGAGAGCAGCAGCUCGACGCAGGAACGCCCGUCGGAGUUCAGCCGGUGGCGCGACCGCCAGUACUUCGGGCCGCGCAGGUGGCUCGAGUCCGCGCUUCGCGACACCUCCUGGGAUAAGGACAACACCGAAAGCAAGAAAAAAGAUUCGGCUAUGGCUGCGUCUCCGCUUUGGGUGUCCGAGGAGUUAGAAUACUGGGACAGCAACAUUCGAUUCACGCACAUAGCCGCGACGUACAGCGAGCUCGUGGCCAUCUCCACGCAGGGCCAACUCCACCAGUGGCGUUGGGCUGACGCGCACCCCUACCAGCGCACAGACGCGUCUGGUGCGGGAUGCGCGUACCACCCUCGUUCCAACUGGCUGGGACUGGCGGCCGGCGAGCGCGUGGUCAGCGUCGGCGCGGCCGGCAUCCGCGUGUCCGUGCUCACCGACACGGGCAGGAUCGCCACCUUCCUCGAUGAAUCCAUCGCGCAUGCACUAGGCGCAUCACGCCUAGAGCAUCCUCUACAGACAUUCUCGGAGUUUGGCUCCGACAGGGCUAUAUCACUGCACGUGUGCUCACUGUACACUGUUGCUAGACUGGAAUCAGGAGCGCUUUAUUGGUGGGGAGUCCUGCCCCUGGGCCAGCGCGCCCGCCUGUGGGAGAAGCACCGAGCGCGGUCCCGUAAGCAGCGCGGACACUCGUCCGCGGCGCCGCAGGACCUGCAGGCUGGGCAGAGCGUCACCAUGAAGAAUGCGCCCAUGUACCAACCUGGGGCUGUUGGCUUUAACAUGUCAACGGGUGUACCUAAAGUUGGUGUACUUCAAAAUGCUGCCUGGAAUAUCUCGGACACUUGUCGAUUUAAGCUGUUGCCCCCGCCGCAACCGGAUCGCUCGCUUUCAGACAAGGACAAGAGAGAUUUACAAAACCAGUCGCCGCUAACAGUGUCAUCAGUGAAAGCCUCAUCAUCUAGCAGUGCCAGUAAGGACGCAGGCAAAGAUAGCAACAAAGAUAUGGCAGACCGGCUCGACAUGCCGCCACCGCCCAGUCCCGCCUCGUCCACUUGCAGUGAUACUAGCACCUCUCAUAAGCGUGCCAAACGCGUGACUUUCCGUGGAGAGGAGGGUUCAUCGAACGACGGGUCCAAACGCGACGAGGAGGAAUGGCCGCUGAAGGAGGUCGUGUUCCUUGAGGACGUGAAGAGCGUGCCGCUCGGACGCGUCCUGAAGGUUGACGGCGCCUACGCGGCCGUUCGGUUCCCGGUCGUUGGCAAAGACGGCAAGGAGGUGGUACCGUCAGCGCCUGAAGAUUGGACGGCUUUACUUCAAGACUGCCGUUUAGUGCGUAAAGAUGACUUGGUGGCCGUGAAGUGGGGCUCCGGCACGGCAGGUCCUCGCGGCCCUGACUGCCUGCAGCGCUCACCCAGGAAGAUUGCCCUUCCGGCAGACGUCCAAGUCAUUUCUAUCGCUGUGGACGGGCGCGGCGUUCACGCUGUAGUCCGCAGGCCAGGCGGCGCGCUGGCCUACGCCGUGUACGCAGUAGGUGCCACGCGCGCACUCACCGACAGCGCCUUCCCUACUGACCACGGGGCCCUCCUUGGCCACUCAAACGGACAAGCGAUUCAACUCGCCACCGCUGCUGAGGGCAGCGAACCGGUGGUGAUGAUGCUGGACGGCAACGGUGCGCUGUACCCGAUCGCGCGCGACUGCGUGGGCAUGGUGCGCGAGCCGCCGCCGCUUAACCUGCCGCCGGCUCGCGCCCUGGCCGCCCACGCGCUGCCGCUCUACCCGCACGGCACGCAUCACACACAUCACACUGCACUAAAGUCACAGGACAUUUUUGAAUGUAAAACAUGUGGACUGACCGGAUCUCUAUGCUGCUGCACCGAGUGCGCUAAGGUGUGCCACAAAGGCCACGAUUGCAAACUAAAGCGCACCUCGCCAACGGCUUACUGCGACUGCUGGGAGAAAUGUCGCUGCAAGGCGCUGGUCGGAGGCAACUGGGCAGCUCGUUGCGAUUUACUCAUUCGACUCGCUAAGGACACUCAGCUGGCCACACAUUUCAAUUCAAGGGGAGAGUCGAUUCUACUAUUCCUAGUGCAAACUGUCGGCCGACAAGCUGUUGAACAGCGUCAAUUCAGGGCGGGUGGAGGCCGCGGGCGCGGGCCGCGCAAGCAGCCCGGCUCUGAUGCGGAGGUUGAUGCUCCCGAUCACGACUUGGAGCCACCGAGAUUUGCGCGCCGCGCCCUGCUGUUCUUACUCAGCGACUGGGCGGCGGUGGAAGCAGCCGUGUCAUGCGGCGCCAACAGCUCGGCCGGGGAGGGGGACAGCCGCCCCGGCAGCCCCGCGCCGCACCAGUCCGGCACCACCUUACUUGACAAAUUCACUCAUGCUCUCAUUGUCAAGUGCACCAACGAGAUGCUUGACACACUUCUGAAUACGCUGAUAAGAGAACAACAGAAUGAAACGAUUCCUGGUCGCCCGGAAAGAGCGCGUGAAGUGGCGCGCAGAUUUGUACGCUCUGUUGCUCGGAUAUUUGUCAUAUUUAGCGUAGAAAUGGCUCCAGGUGCCGCUAAAAAGAAAGGGCCGCUUUCGAUAACAUCGUCAUUGGUUCGGUGUCGGCGCGUGUUCGCCGCUUUAGUGGCUCUGGCAGUUGAAGAGCUGGUGGAGGCGGCGGAUGCCCUACUCGCCCCUGUGCGCUUGGGCGUCGUGCGCCCUACGGCCCCAUUCCCUCUGGCGACGACAUUCGUUGAUCUUGUUAACGGAAGUGAAGAUUUAUUCGGAGUGGAGCCACUGUCUACAGCAGCAUCACGCCUUGCGCACUCCCGGCGAGAGUCGAACGCAGCGGCGGGUCGCGAUGCAGGCGCAGGAGGCACGUCGAUGGGCAGUUCCACGUUAGUAGCCGACAGGUCGUCGACGCCGGUCGCGACCGAGUACGCCGACGAGGUCGCCGGCGAGGCGCUGGGCGGCGACGACGAUGCCUCCGAGACCGACGAGCCCAAUGCGGCCGCGCCCGUCCCGCCCACUGAUAACCAGCACCACGAUGAUCCGAUGGGUGAUAGAGGUCAAGAUCAACACGUAGUAGUGGAAAACGGCACAGAACGUACAGAAGGAGGGGAAAGCGAAAGCGAAUUAGACUUACUGGCUGAAGCCGAAACUGAGAGUGACUCAGACGACCAAGACAACGCGGAUCCGGCCCAGCGCAGCGUGCAGACUGGUGCGGCACAAGGCUCUGACGGAGGAAUAGCUUCUCUUCUUCUAUACCCAGAAGACGAGAGCGGCGACUCGACGCAGCCCGAGGACGAGGACAGCGAGGCGGGCGAGACGGACGAGCAGGACGCGGAGGCCGAGCCGCCGCUGCACGACGGAGAGGCGCUCGAGCGCCGCGCGGCGCCGCCCUCGCGCCCCAACCUCGCGCCGCACUCCAUGCAGUGGGCCAUACGUUCCCGCGAGAGCACGCGCGGCACUAGCAGCAGCGCGGGCGGCGUGCGGCUGGCGGGUGGCUCUUCGCUGGUGUUCAUCGACCCCGCGUCGCUGCGCCGCUCCGCCGCCGCCGCGGCCGCCGGCGCGCACGACCCGCACUCUACCUCUACCACCGCUUCCUACCUCGCCAGGGCUUUCGGCAUCGUCAUUCGGCAAAUAGCGGAUUUGCUAUGGGAAUACGAGCGUGUCUCAUUGCCCAUACCUCGCAUGUUGCCACUCUCAUAUCGCGAAGCGUUACGUUUGCAAUGCUAUCUUGAGAGACAACUUAAACCAACAUGGGAUUGGUUAGUGACUGUAAUGGACGCUACCGAGGCACAACUAAGAUUCGGUGCUUCACUGACAUCCAACAACGUAAGCACAACCACAGUGGAAAGCGGGCGGCCUAACGCACCUGCCGUGCGGCGCGCCACAUCCUUCACGUCCCCUGCGACCCGCAUUAUAGGUUUCUCGGAAGGUCCUAGAACAAGAGACCGUGAACAAGGCGUGGAAGCGGGCAGUGCGCGGCGCGAGUUUCUGGCCUACUGCCUGUCGCUGCUGCGCGCGCACAGCGCCGAGCACGCGGAGCAGCUGCCCGUGCUGGACGUGGCCGCGCUCAAGCACGUGGCGUACGUCCUCGACGCGCUCGUCUACUACAUGCGCGCCGCACAGCCGCAGCCGCACCACCACCAUCAUCUAUGGUCUUCGGACGAAAACGAGAACGAGGAAGGCGACGAGGAAAUGGUUGUGGGAGGCGCCGCGGCCGCCGAGUCCGACAGCGAGGGCGAGGGCGCCCGCGGCCGCUCGCACAACUUUUUCCAGCGGUCGGACUCCACGCUGUGUCUCGGCUGCCCGCCACCGGACCCUUUCAACAUGACGAUGCAAGAGGCGCUCCCGCUGGCCGACCAGCCGCAGCUGCUGCAGCCCAACGCCCGCCGCGAGGAGCUGUUCGGGAUGCCCCGGCAGCCCGUCACCGUGCCCGCCUCCGGCGACGCGCCGCCCGGCGUCAACAACCCGCUAGAAGUCGUGCCUCGCCGCUUGGGUUUGUCCACGCGAGGAGCGGAGCGCAGCUGGUGGCCGGGGACGCGGCCCGCCUCGGCACCGCCCACGCAUUCACACUCUAUGGGUCGAGACGAACCACAGGAUUUAUCUUGUGCUAAGGAUACAAUGGGGAAAAUGGAUGUUGACACCGAUGGAGAGUACUUAUCUGACUCGGAUUCCAACGAAGCUCGCCACGUUUCCAGAAAGAAGCAUCACAGCAGACACCCGCACUCUGCGCUAGCGAGCGGCCUGGGGUCGAUCCCGGAGCCCAGCGCUGCGCCCUCGGAGUUCCACACGCUGGUCAACACCGCCUGCUCAAUCAUAGAGGCGCCACAUCGACAGGGGCUGGCGUCUUUGGCUUCUCCAGGUCCGAGCGGAUCGGGCGUCGGCAUCGCGCUGGAGCCACGUGCGUCGUCGUCGCGCAGCCCCAUCAAGACUGUCAUUGUACGUGCUGGCGAGUUGCUGAGCGCCGCGGAUCCACUGGAGUCGCAGGAGAUCUCCGCUCACGUGACCGUGGAGACCACCGGCUUGCCUCCGCCGCCGCUCAUUCCGCCUAUCAGCACGCCGCAACAACCGCGCGCGUGCCCCUCGCUAGGCGCGUCGGUGUCGCACGACCUGCUGCUGGGGCGCUGGCGGCUCUCGCUGGACCUGUUCGGGCGCGUGUUCACCGAGGACGUGGGGCUGGAGCCCGGCUCCGUCGUCGCCGAGCUCGGCGGCUUCCCCGUCAAGGAGGUCAAGUUCCGCCGCGACAUGGAGAAACUGAGAAACUCGCAACAAAGAGAUCUUACUUUGCAUAAGAUGGAGCGCGAUCGCGCGAAGCUUCUGCAGCAAACAUUUGCGGAAUUGAACACCGCGUUUACCGGGCAGAACCGGCGCGUGCACAGCGCGCAGCCACCGCUGGCCGUGAACCGCGUGAAGGUGACCUUCCGCGACGAGCCCGGCGAGGGCAGCGGCGUCGCGCGCUCCUUCUACACCAGCGUGGCGGAGGCGCUGCUGGCCAACGAGAAGCUGCCGCCGCUGGAGCCCGCCGCCGGCUCGGGCGGCAACUCCGCCAACCCCUCCGCGGGCUCCACCGGCGGCCCCGCCGGCACCGGCAACACUGGCACGAGGAGUGUAUCUGGUCCCCGUAUGAAGAAUUUAGCCCGUCGCUCGCCCACGACCGACGGCACGUCGGGGUCGGCCGGCGCGGCCGCCGGCGGCGGCAGCAGCAAUACUGGUCCACGAAGCGGGCCGGGGCCCCGCAUGAAGAACCUGACGCGUCGGUCGCCGAGCGGGCCCGCGCCGCGCCCGCCGCCCUCUCGCGAGCCGCGGCGCGCUCUCAGUGUCGAUGCUAGACCAUACUCACCACAGGCCGCGCCAGGGACUGAAGGAGCAGGAUACAGCGGUGACAGACAAGGACAUAACGAACAUCUCACCUUACACCAAGCACAGUUAGGCGAAAGACUUUACCCCAAAGUGCACUCAUUACACCCAUCUUUCGCGGGUAAAAUAACUGGCAUGCUGCUAGAACUAACGCCGGCGCAGCUCCUCGUGCUGCUGGCGAGCGAGGACGCGCUGCAGCAGAAGGUGCGCGAGGCCAUGGACCUCAUCGUCAUGCAUCCCUCGGAAGCGAUACUGGAUCUGGACGUUUUCUCACUGUCGGAACGAAGCGCCGCCGCCGCGGGCUCCGGGUCCGGCGGCGGCGGCGCGGGCGGUCCGGGCGGCGCGGGCGGCGCGGGCCCGCCCGUCGCGGCCCCACCGCCGCCCGACGACGCCGCCCCUCUGUUCUACUCGCCAGGCAAGCGCGGCUACUACUCGCCCAGACAAGGGCGUGCCACCCCUGAACGGAUUAAUGCUUUUAGGAAUGUUGGCAGAAUCAUCGGCCUGUGUCUGCUACAAAAUGAAUUAUGCCCUAUGUUCCUCAAUCGGCAUGUACUGAAAUAUAUUCUUGGUCGACCGGUUCGGUUUCAUGACCUGGCGUUUUUUGACCCCGUCGUGUACGAAAGCCUGAGGCAACUCGUGGUCGACGCUGAAACAGGCGAUUCACAUUCAUUAUUCGCUGCUCUAGAUCUCAACUUUAGCUUGGAAAUGUGCGAAGAGGAGGGAGGCGGGUGCGUGGAGCUGGUGGCGGGCGGGCGUGAGCUCGAGGUCACUGCCCUCAACGUGUACGACUAUGUGCGCAAGUACGCGCAACACCGCAUGCUGCUCUCACAGGAGAAAGCGCUCGAGGCGAUACGAGUGGGCGUCUUGGACGUCCUGCCCGAGUCGGCAUUGGAAGGCUUGACGGCAGAGGACCUGCGACUGCUACUGAACGGGGUCGGCGACAUCAACGUGGCGGCGCUGGUCUCCUACACCAGCUUCAACGACGAGAGCGGCGAGCCCCCGGAGCGGCUCGCGCGCUUCAAACGCUGGCUCUGGGCCAUCGUCGACAAAAUGACCCAUCUUGAGCGACAAGAUUUGGUGUACUUCUGGACCGGGUCCCCCGCGCUGCCGGCGAGCGAGGAGGGCUUCCAGCCGAUGCCGUCGGUGACGAUCCGGCCGGCCGACGACGCGCACCUGCCCACCGCCAACACCUGCAUCUCGCGCCUCUACAUACCGCUCUAUUCCUCCCGACACGUGCUCAAGCACAAACUCUUACUCGCUAUCAAAACGAAAAACUUUGGUUUCGUCUGAACUAACAUGCCAUUAUAUAAAUUUCGUUUAGCCCUAAUUUCAAUCUUCCAGGACUGUCAUUUUCCCUAUUGGAUUUUGAUUAACUGAUCACUGAGAUCCGUAAGAAACUAGUAAAUAGUCAAUGAUAGUAAAACUUCUAAAAUUAUUACAUACAUAAAAUGAUUCAUGGUAUACCAAUGUCUUAGAAAAUAUCAAACUGAUUUACUAACGAUGUUUCGACGGACCUCCUUUUAGUUAACUGUUUUACAAAUUGAACGAUUAGAAUUGUGAUGUCGUACCAUAGACGAGUCUCUAUUGGGUAAACCUUACAUUAAUUCUUAACAGUAAUAUUUUACUUACACAUUCACUCAUUAAAUUACUAUUUGGGAGAGGAAAUUACAUUUCGAAAAUCAUAGUA